AUGACAACACAUCGUCAAAGUGUGCCGUGCUGGGGCGGUGAUGUCGGAAUGGGGGUGGCGCUGCCUUUGGCGGUGGUGUGCGUGCUGGCGGUGAGCGGGGCGCCGAACGUGACGCGCCUGGCCGAGGCACCCGCCCAGCACCUGCUGCCUGACGACGAGGAAGAACUCACGCACCUCGACUACUACGAUGAGGAGCGCAUCAACAUAUCCGAGAAGGGCAUGUACCUGGGCUCCCCCUGCGACCUGGCCUGCAACCCGAGGCUGCUGCACGUCCUCUGCGAGCCGUCCACGCUGUCGUGCCAGUGCGACCCCAAGCAUCCGGUGCCUCUGGGGCCCGCCAAAGGCUGCGCCAAACCGAAGAAGCUCGGCGAGCAAUGCUUCUACAGGCAGACCUGCCAGGCCUUCGACCCUCACGCCUCCUGCGUGCAAGUCAACCACAACGCGUACUGCCAGUGCGAGGCGGGCUACCACAGCACCAGCCACUCGCGCCCCGUGCCACGUGUCUUCUGCACAGAAGACAUGGUGCUGCUGACGGCGGACAUGCCGACGCUGCUCGGCGUGGCGUCGGGCAUCUUCGUGCUGGCGGGGCUUUUGUGCAUGGUGCUCCACUUGUACACGCGCGCGCGCUACCACCCGGCGCAUCUGGCCGACGCGAGGCUGACGCCGCCCUGCCUCUACUCGCUCAACGAUACCGGUGGCACACUGAGCGCGACCCGCGCUUCGUCGCGCGCGUCCUCGCGCAGCGGCUGCACGAGCGGCUGCACUAGCGGCACGCUGGACGCGGAGCGGCGCGGCCGCGGGGUGGGGGGCGCGUCGCGCGCAGGUGCGGCCCGCGCGGCCGCCAUCUUGCUAAUCUCGCGCCACCUGAAGGCCGUAAGGGACGGCGGCGCGCACCCGCCUAAGUGCGCCGCCAAAGGUGAUCCGGAUGAUGUAUGCAGCGCGGCCCCUUACUGCACGAUGUACGGCGGUUCGCUCGGCCGCCCCGAAUGCCUAACGGCCGCCGCUCGGAUCGUGUCCAAUUUGCCCCGUUCGCGACGUCCAAGUCUAAACUCGGUGCAGAGCAGCUCGUCGUCAAUUAGGAGUUACAGCGCUAAGCGAUGGGAGAGGGAGCGAGAGCAGAAGGAGCGGCGGCAGAUGAGCAUGCGUCUCGCUCAGUUGCACGACAAGAUGGCCGCCGGCCGCGAGCUGCCCAAGCACGCGCCGACGCCGUCGCCGCGCUCGCCCAACAAUUCCACCGACGGGCUGUUGCCGGCCGUUUGUGAGAUUAGAGAAUUAAUAACGAACUCGGAGCAACAGAUGCAGGGCGUGGACGGACCCUGUUCCAGUUCGUCUCUUUAC